CUCUAAUGCGCGCUCCCUAAAGCCGCGGGAGUGCGCACUUUACUUGCUGUAGCCAUGACUACAGUGAAGACUUUAAAGUACAAUCACCGUGUCAUGGAUUAAAGCCACAUCGUCACUUCACCCUGUUCUUUAGAAUCACACCAGCUGUUAUUAUCGACCAGGACCGAGUGUGACCGGUUGACCGGAGGAUUUUAUUUUAUUUUAUUUACAGGCAUCAGUUUGGGACCGAUAGUGCUGUAGUGUAAGCUAGGUUUUUAGAGUUUUACUAAAGUCGUCUUUUCUUGAAGUUGUCCACAUCUAACGUUACCUUUCGGCAUGCUCCACAAACCGAUUCAAAGAACAGCCGGGGGAAUAAUUCGUCAAGAUGAAUGUCUUCUUACACUUCCGAAGUUUUUCCAGAGACUACGGGGGCAUUAUGUCGGCUCUGGGAUCGGAAUCCUGGUGGAAGAAGACUCUGUACAUCACCGGGGGGGCCCUGCUGGCCGCUGCAGCCUACCUACUGCAUGAACUGCUCGCCAUCAGGAAGGAGCAGGAGCUGGACUCUAAAGACGCCAUCAUCCUGCAUCAGUUCUCCAGGCCAAAGAACGGCGUGCCCAGCCUCUCACCCUUCUGCCUCAAAAUUGAGACGUACCUGCGCAUGGUGGACCUGCCCUACCAGAACUACUUUGAUGGGAAGCUGUCGCCGCAGGGGAAGAUGCCCUGGAUCGAGUACAACCACGAGCAGGCUUCAGGGUCCGAGUUCAUCGUAGACUUCCUGGAAGAGAAGCUGGGUGUCAACCUCAACAAUAACCUCACGCCGCAGGAAAGAGCCGUGUCCCGAGCCGUCACCAAAAUGGUCGAGGAACACCUGUACUGGACAAUAGCCUACUGUCAGUGGGUGGACAACCUGGAGGAAACCCAGAAGCUUCUUGCGAUGAGCGGUCCCCUGAGCGACACGCUGAAGUGGCUCCUGAGCCACCUGAACGGCAGCAUGGUGCGCAGGGAGAUGUACGGCCAUGGCAUCGGACGCUUCUCUAAAGAGGAGGUCUACGCUCUGAUGGAGAAGGACAUGAGGACGCUGGCCACGCUGCUGGGAGAAAAGAAGUACUUUAUGGGUUCUAAGAUGUCGACGUUAGAUGCUACAGUGUUUGGACAUUUAGCCCAGGCUAUGUGGACUCUGCCCGGGUCCCGGCUGGAGCAACUCAUCAAAGGAGAGUUGAUCAACCUGGCCAUGUUCUGCGAGCGGAUGCGAAGGAGGUUCUGGCCCGAGUGGUUUGUGGAUGUGGAGGAUCUUUACUAUGAUGGAGACAGUGAGAGCAGCGGCAGCGGCGGCGGCGGCUCCCCUACAGGCUUUGGCGUCUUCUCCAGGACUGACACGCUGGACGACAGCGACGCCAGCAGCCACUCGGCCGGACACACACACUCCCCCGACUCUGACCGCUCGCUCUUUGACUCGGACGUGGGCACGGGAUCUGAGAAUGACAUUCAGCUGAAGGAGGAGUUAAUUCCCAACCUGGAGGUCUGACCCGAUAAUAGUUGUGAUUGGCAGAUGGAUUGAGACUGACAGGAGACAAGGACUGUGUUGGUUAGCUU